CGUGCCCCUUGCAUCAUCAUCAUCAUCGUCACCACCCCCAUAGUGAAUUGUGUCCAGGUGGAAAUCCGGCCCAAGCACGUGAACUGGCAUUAUUUGGGACGGCGGCUUGGAGGAUUCAACCCAUUUGGCUCUCACCUAGCAACGCCUCUCUCUCACUAUUCCCUCAAUUCAAUACAACUCUUCCCGCCUGGAUUACAUAUCUCUAAAGGUCUCCUUUGUCAAUAUCCAGCACCCUGGUUGAUCCUCUCGACCCUUUCUCUUGUUUUCGCCGGCAUGGCAUCCCCAACUGGCUAUUCGAUAAAUGUUAAUGACCCAUCGCUUAUUUCCCUUGUCAAUAAGUUGCAGGAUGUGUUUACGACAGUCGGAGUUCAAAACCCGAUAGAUUUACCGCAGAUCGUCGUGGUCGGCUCGCAGUCAAGUGGAAAGAGCUCCGUCCUUGAGAAUAUUGUCGGAAGAGAUUUUCUUCCCAGAGGAUCCGGCAUCGUAACCAGACGACCGCUAGUGCUACAAUUGAUCAAUAAGCCCGCUCUUGUCAAGUCACAGGCAAAUGGGAUCAAGGAGGACAAGCAGAUUGAGACCACCGAUAAGGAGUCGAAUCUCGACGAGUAUGGAGAGUUCUUGCAUAUCCCAGGUCAGAAAUUCUACGAUUUCAACAAAAUCCGAGAGGAAAUCGUUCGAGAAACCGAGGCGAAGACCGGCCGUAAUGCAGGAAUCUCUCCUCAGCCGAUUAAUUUACGAAUUUACUCCCCCAACGUGCUGACACUGACCUUGGUUGACUUGCCCGGUCUUACUAAAGUGCCGGUCGGUGAUCAACCCAAAGAUAUUGAGAAGCAAAUAAGAGAAAUGGUCUUAAAACAUAUCAGCAAGCCGAACGCGAUUAUUCUUGCCGUAACGGCUGCUAACCAGGAUUUGGCUAACUCCGACGGUUUGAAACUGGCUCGCGAGGUGGACCCUGAAGGCCAGCGGACAAUCGGCGUUCUCACCAAAGUUGAUCUUAUGGAUUUGGGAACGGAUGUUGUGGAUAUUCUUGCUGGCAGAAUUAUCCCGCUACGGUUAGGCUACGUCCCUGUGGUUAAUAGAGGUCAACGAGACAUCGAGAAUAAGCGACCAAUCUCCUAUGCACUUGAGCACGAGAAAAACUUCUUUGAAAACCACAAGGCAUACAGAAGCAAGUCCUCGUACUGCGGUACCCCGUAUUUGGCCAAAAAAUUAAACUUGAUUCUAAUGAUGCACAUUAAACAAACCCUUCCCGACAUCAAAGCCCGCAUUGCGUCCUCCUUGCAAAAAUACUCUUCGGAAUUGAGCCAAUUGGGCGAUUCCAUGCUUGGUAACACUUCAAACAUCGUCCUCAAUAUCAUCACCGAAUUCAGCAACGAGUACAGAACCGUUUUAGAUGGUAAUAACCAGGAACUAUCUAGCGUGGAAUUGUCAGGUGGAGCUCGUAUCAGUUUCGUCUUCCACGAGCUUUAUUCCAACGGGGUCAAGGCCGUGGAUCCGUUUGAUCAAGUGAAGGACAUCGAUAUUCGCACCAUUCUGUAUAACUCUUCCGGUUCAUCUCCCGCUCUUUUUGUCGGGACAACAGCUUUUGAGCUGAUUGUGAAGCAGCAAAUUCGAAGACUAGAGGAACCUAGUUUAAAGUGUGUGUCGCUUGUCUUUGAUGAGCUCGUUCGCAUUCUUGGCCAAUUGUUGAACAAGCAGCCUUUCCGGAGAUAUCCUCAGCUCAGGGAGAAAUUCCAUGCAGUCGUUAUAGCAUUCUUCAAAAAGGCUAUGGAUCCGACCAAUAAACUUGUCAGAGAUCUUGUGGCCAUGGAGUCGUGCUACGUCAACACUGGACAUCCUGACUUCAUUACCGGUAACAGGGCCAUGGCUAUUAUCCAGGAACGACAAAAUGCUGGCAAACCCACGCAGGUUGAUCCAAAAACCGGAAAGCCGCUUCCUAUCUCCCAUCAACCGCCCCGUUCCGCUAGCCCAUCUCUGGAGCCCGAAAAUUCUGGGUUCUUCGGGAGCUUUUUCGCUUCAAAGAACAAAAAGAAGAUGGCUGCAAUGGAGCCUCCACCACCAACUUUGAAGGCUUCCGGCACCCUCUCCGAACGAGAAAAUUCAGAAGUUGAGGUUAUCAAACUCCUCAUAAAUUCUUAUUACAAUAUUGUAAAACGGACAAUGAUAGACAUGGUCCCCAAAGCCAUUAUGCUCAAUCUUGUGCAGUUCACCAAGGAUGAGAUACAGCGAGAAUUACUUGGAAGUAUAUACAAGGCCGAAGAGAUCGACGACUUACUCCGCGAAAGCGAAUACACUAUCCGACGCCGGAAAGAAUGUCAGCAAAUGGUUGAGAGUUUGACUAAAGCAAGUGAGAUUGUCAGCCAGGUUCAGUAAAUCAGACCACACCUUGGCACGCCCUGGGCUUGCUUGAACCGCGGAAAGCUGGAUUUAUAGAAGCAGCACAGUUACUCGAAUAAUAGAAUGUGUCGAAGAAAAAUGGGGACCUAAAGUUGAGUUUGUGAUAUCCCAUACAUUUCUUUUCUUUUUCCUCGUGUCUACGAUGAGAGUGUUGGUAAACUGUACCUUCGAGACAUACCUUAGCUGCUUGCAUCUCUUUCCUUUUAAUUCUAUCCUAUUUUAAUACUUCCUUUCCUGCGAUGAAUCUUUCUGAAUGAUAUGCGCGGUUUAUCGUCCUUCCGUUUCAUGCCGUUAUGAUUCAAGUGGAAAGACUAUUGUUUAGUAUUGGCCUGGUGUUCUGGCUUCUCUCCACCAAAUUGCUUAUGUUAAAUGGGUUGCAAAUCGGAAAGAUCGCGUUUCUGAUUUCAAGCCGUCAUUUGCGCGUUCGUUUCACUCAUAAAUCCUGAAGUUCUUUUGCCAUUACACUCCUUUUUCAGCCUGUAAAGAGGCCAAUGUUUGCAUAAAACAUGUUACUCAA